AUGAAAUUCACAACCACAAUUGCCCUCAGCGGCCUCAUCGCUUCCUCCCUCGCCGCUCCCUCCCGUCCAAAUCAAGCACGCGGUCACCGCGGCCACACCCUCCAAAAGAGUCAAAAAGCAGGAGGAUUUGCCCAACCCAGCGUUGGUUACCCAGGAGGGUUUGGAGGCCAACAAGGUGGUCGAGCAAGACCCACCGGUAGCUACGGUGCUGCCGGAUCCAGACAAUCUACUGGUGCUAUAGCAUCUCCGAUCGUCGCAACACCUAUUGCAUCCAGCGCCGCAACUUCAAUUGCCUCAUCUGCCGUCAACAACAUUGCAAGCUCCUCCACAACAUCCGCUCCCACCCCCGCCGCUACCGCGCACGUCGACGACGAAUACAACGUCUCCUGGGCGGGCGCCGUUCUCGACGACGGCGGCUCCACAAUCUAUACCGGCGUGUACACGGAAUUCGUGGUGCCCAUUCCCAAAAAGCCUACGCGCGGCGAGACCUCCGCCGAAAUCUGGACCGUCUCCUCCUGGGUCGGCAUCGACGGGUACAAGCAGAGCAGCGAGUGUGCGGGACUCUGGCAAGCAGGCGUCGACGCCUCGAUCGACAGUUCCGGAAAACUGUCCUACGAUGCCUGGUACGAAUGGUAUCCCGCCAACACCCUCGGCUUUGCGCUCACCGUCACGGCCGGGGAUACCAUCGCGGUGAAUCUGACCUACUCGUCGUUUACAGAGGGAACCGUCACGAUGGAGAAUAAGUCGACCGGGAAAUCCGAGACCAAGACCGUGACCUCGACUGAUCAAUUGUGUGGACAGGCUGCUGAGUGGAUUAUGGAGGAUUUGAGCAUCGAUGGAUCGACCAUCGGAUUGGCGAACUAUGGAAACGUGACGUUUAGUAAUGCGUAUGCCACUACCAAGGAGGGAAAGAAGGUGGGCCCCACCGGUGCGAAUAUCAUGGAUAUUGAGACGACUUCGAAGGAGAUCUUGACGAGUUCGUCGAUUACUGAGGACAGCGUUAUUGUGGCUUAUGUUUAA